CGUCGGAAAUAAAUAUGCGCCGGACCAGCGUAUCCCAACGAGGAACAGCAAAUGACUAUAGGCCAGCAAAGAAGACUAUUUAUCGAAUAAAAUGGGUUGUUUACGAAGAGCUGUGCUAGUAUGCUGAAUUACAGAGAGAUUUCCCGAGAAGGGGACGCGCUGUAUUCAUCUCACCGACGCUAGUUUAUUUUCUGAGAAAAUGUUUGCCAAAGCUUUUCGUGUCAAAUCCAACACUGUAAUCAAAGGAUCAGACAGGAGAAAGCUCAAAGCGGACAUAUCUGCAGCCUUUCCUUCACUGUCUGGUGAUGAACUGUCUGAGCUGAUCCCCAACAAGGAGGAAUUAAAUGUUGUCAAGAUAUAUGCACACAAGGGAGAAGCUGUGACAGUUUAUGUUCUUCACAAAAAUCCGCUGUUCUUUGAACUGGAGAAACGACUUUAUCCCACAGUGUAUGUGCUUUGGCGUUACCCUCAUCUCCUACCAACAUUCAGGACAUGGCCACCCGUGCUUCAAAAGUUGAUUGGGGGGGCAGAUCUCAUGCUGCCAGGUGUGAUGGUGCCGUCAUCUGGUCUCCCAGAUGUGAAAGAGGGAGACUGCUGUGCUGUAACAGUCGUAAGCAACGGAGCUCCUGUUGCGCUUGGCACAGCUGCCAUGUCCAGUGCAGAGAUGCAGAGUUUGGGUAUGAAAGGCAGAGGACUAUGUGUUCUCCACACAUACAUGGAUUAUCUUUGGGCAUUUGGAGAUAAGUCAGGUCCUCCUUCUUUACCGGAUCCCGAAAGUGAAGGACAAGACGUAGAUGAAGUGGAAUGUGAUGUUAUUGAGAAAGAGGAGGAUGAUGUGGUUGAAAAGUGUGUAGAAGAGCAAGAGAGCUCUGGUGAAUCUGCCAUGAAUCGAACCUGUUCUGGUGUUGAGGAGCUGAGCUUAGCUGAGAAAGAGGAAGAGAAGGAUGAAAAGGGCAGUGAGAAAGAGGAGGAGAACCAGGAUGACCAGAAAACCCCACAAGAGAUAAUGGACACCCUGCUGUUGCAGUGCUUUCUGCAUGCUCUCAAGAGCAAGGUGAAGAAGUCGGAGCUCCCUCUGCUGACCAGCACAUUUCUCCGCAUCCACAUGUUCUCCUGCUGCCCAAGUGGAAAACAACUUGAUAUCAAGAAAUCCAGCUAUAAAAAGCUUUCCAAGUUUCUCCAGGCCAUGCAGCAGCAGCAUCAUCUUGUCCGAGUUAAAGAACUCACCAAGGGUGUGGAGAGCAUUGUGGAGGUGGACUGGAAAAAUCCAGAAUUGCGCUCCUUUAGCAUUCCAGAGGAGACAGAUGUUGAAGCAGCUGUGGUGCAGGAUGGAGGGGAAGGAGAAAUAACGUACCAUCCUCCGGAGAUCAAAACUCUGUACUCUGUUCCUGCUCGGCUGGAGCCUCUCUUUUUGGAUGCGAACAAGAGGAAAGGAACAACACUGCAUGCUGCUGAAGUGAGAAGCAUCGUCACAGAAUAUGUGAAGAAAAAUGAACUGGUGGAUGAAAAUAAUAAGAAUUAUGUGACCAUCAAUCCUACUCUAUGUGAUUGCUUGCUGGAAAAAUCUGAGUACCAGGAGGUAGAGUCUCUCAAGUGGGAUGACCUGUUUAGCAGGACAAUGGGACGGAUGCAGGAGUGUUAUCAAGUUGUGUUCCCUGGACAAGCAUCUAUUAUAAAGAAAGGCCAUGUUGAGCCUAUAGACAUCUCUGUGGCUUCUCGAGGCUCCAAUAAGAAGGUUACUCUGAUAAAGAAUCUGGAAGUGUAUGGUUUGGAUCCUGCGGUUGUGGCCACUGCUUUGCAGCACAGAGUUCAGGCCAGCUCGGUCUUACAUCCAAUCCCAGGAGCCAAGGACAAAAUCCUGGUCCAGAUCCAAGGCAACCAAAUUCAUCAAGUCGGCAAUCUGCUUCUCGAUCAUUAUCAAAUCCCACGCAAGUACAUCCAGGGACUAGACAAAGCUCCAAAAACUGGCAAGAAGAAGUAACGUUUCAAACUGCUAAACCAGAUGUUUAUGGUCCAUAAAGUUGUUUUAUUGUGUGUGUGUGAACAGUAUGACGACAGUAACACUGCUGGUCAUUCAUUUAAUAAAAAUGAUUUGUUGUCGUAUUCAGAA